AUGUCAGAAGAGAAAAAACACAUUUCCACUGUAUCAGAAGUACUGGAACUUGUGACUAAAGACAGCGGGUCUGCCGAAAUCCCCAUUAAUUCUGAAUCAGACCUGACUCAACCUGAACCUGACAUCAAUGGCAAGGAUUGCCUCGCCCAAGACACGUUGAUGAAAGAUAAAAUCAAAGAUGAUGAUGAUGAGGAGAAGCCUGAUGUUGGGCUAUCAACAUCAAUGGCUGCUCCCCCCCUUUCUGAAUCAAACUACGAUGACCCGAUUCAACCUGAACCUGACAUCAACGGCAAGGAUUGCCUUGUCCAAGACACGUUGAUGAAAGAUAAAAUCAAAGAUGAUGAUGAUGAGGAGAAGCCUGAUGUUGGGCCAUCAACAUCAGUGGCUGCUCCCCCCUUUCUGUUGAAGCGAAGCAAGUCUCCACGCAAGUCUCCACGCAAGUCUGCAACUGUUCCUCAGCUUCCCAUAUUGGAGUCGAUCCCAACUCAGCAUGAAGAUGAGGACAUGGAUGAUGAUGAUGAUGACUACGUUGACGACGAAGACUACACACCAGCAACUCCAAUGAAGCGCCGUCGAGUUAUGCCUGUGAGAGUGCAGUCUGCCGAAAUCCCCAUUGAUUCUGAAUCAGACUACAAUGAUCCGAUUCAAUCUGAACCUGACAUCAACGGCAAGGAUUGCCUCGUCCAAGACACGUUGAUGAAAGAUAAAAUCAAAGAUGAUGAUGAUGAGAAGAAGCCUGAUGUUGGGCCAUCAACAUCAAUGGCUGCUCCCCCCUUUCUGUUGAAGCGAGGCAAGUCUCCACGCAAGUCUGCAACUGUUCCUCAGCUUCCUGUGUUGGAGUCGAUCCCAACUCAGCAGUAUCUGUUUUUUAGCACCCCUGUUGUCCGCACCAUCAUCACAAAUACUAACGCAAAUGCUGCCAAGAGACUGAAGGCUGGAUUGAAGUUUGUUUGGAAACGUCUGACAGUCAGUGAUUUUUACAUUUUCCUGUCCAUCAUCAUCUUCACAGGGCUUGUAAAAGUGCAUGACAGGGGAGACUACUGGAGGAAGGAAUGGCCAUACCACUUCAGAUUCCCUGCUAAUACUAUGUCAAGAGAUCGAUUUGAAUGUAUUUUAUGGUCCCUGCACAUGAGCGACCCAGCAGAAGACGAAGAAAACGACCGCAAAAGGAACACUGCAGGGUAUGACAGGCUGUUCAGGAUCAAGCCCCUGUACACUGAUAUUGUCAAUGCCUGCCAAGCACUAUUCCAGCCUUAUCGGAACAUUGCCAUUGAUGAAAGGAUGGUGGCAUCUAAGGCUCGUAUAAGUAUGAAGCAGUACAUGAAGGCAAAGCCCAUAAAGUGGGGGUACAAGUUAUUUGUCCUUGCAGACUCCUUAACAGCUUACACAUGGAAUUUUUUUGUCUAUGAAGGGAAGACACAAAUGCACAUUCCAGGACAAGGUCUGAGCUACACAUCAGUCAUGAACCUUAUGUCAUUCCCUCUUCUUGGUCGAGGGUACACACUGUUUGUUGACAACUUCUACUCUAGCCCUGCCCUCUUUGAGGAAUUGUCCAGACAAAACACCGGUGCAUGUGGGACAAUCAGAAAAAACCUAACUAGCUUUCCAAAGACCACACACAAUGACCUGCCAAAAAAUGCAAAAAGGGGAGAUAUGCGGUGGAUCCGCCAAAAUAAACUGUUAUUCAUAAAAUGGAUGGACACACGUGAAGUGUCCGUUGUAUCCACUGUGCACAAAGUAUUCAGUGGGCAAACUGUGAAGAGGAGAGUGAAGGAAAAUGGUGAGUGGAAAAUCACGAAUGUGCCCAUUCCUGAUCCCAUUCUUGACUAUAAUCACAACAUGGGUGGUGUGGAUGUUUCUGAUGCUUUGAUUGGCUACUACACUGUGCAUCACAAAACUAUGAAAUGGUAUAAGACCUUCUUCUAUCAUUUUAUGGACAUUGCUGUGGUCAACAGCUUCAUUCUCUAUAAGGAACUGUACAAAAAGAAGAAUCCCGACAUGAAAAAGCCCCUCACCCAAAAGCGCUUCAGGGAGAAGCUUGCUGCAGAGAUGCUUGAGUUUGCCAAAGCCUCACCAUCAUCUCCACCUUCAUCACCAACACCAGCAACAACCUGCAUGCCUGCAUACUAUGGAGACGAUGGCACCCAAUCCAGGAGGUACUGCAAAAGGUGCCACGAUGCUGGCAGCAAAAGGGUGAAGACGCCUUUAUACUGCAUGAAGUGCCAGGUCCCUCUGUGCCUCACCUCUAAGAGAAACUGCUUCUUGGAUUGGCACAAUUCACACUGA